UUGACAAUAAAAAACAACAGAGGCUCUGCCGUAGAGGUAGUUAUGAUCAAAGAAAUUUGUAUCUGCAAUAACUGCCACCACCCUCUUCCCCACCAUGGACCACUCAAUCUAUCUCUCUCUCUUUUCUCUCUUGGACGGAAGAGGCAGACGCCAAAGCUCUUGUUUUCUUUUCCAAAAAUGGCAGUUGGUCCUUUGAGUGAAAUUUUAUAUUGGUGUUUUUCCAUCUUGGCUUAUUUGAUAUAUGGGGUCACCCAAAAGAUACAGAACAAGGAGGUGUUUUUUCCUUUCUUUUUUAAUAUGAAAAAUUGAAAAUCAUUCAUGUGUUUUAGUUGCUGAUGAGCUUGUUGUUGUAUUCAGCUUUAUAUGUGGCUUUUUCUAUCUGGGUUCUCUAGUAAUCAUGUGUAGGUUCCUUUUUAUGUGGUUCAUGUGGGUGUUUCUGUCGAAGAGUUGUUGGUCUGUUGCUUUUGGUUCAUCUUCCUCUUCAUGGUGCCCACAUGGCUUUGUUCAGCAGAGGAAUCGAGAAUUUCUGCAGAAAACUGAUCGGUUCUGGGAGUUUGAGGAGCAAUCCAACAGUUGGGUUGAGGUGAAACUCCCCUUUGAUUUGGUUUCUUGUGUUGAUGGCAAUUGCACCAAGGUGGGAUCCAUUCAUGGGACAAAAAAGAAGGAAGAAGACGAAGAAGAGAGGUUGGGAAGAGAAUUUGGUGGGGAGGAGGAAAGGGGAAGACUGAAGAAGAAGGAUGGUCAUGGGGGAGGGCCAGAGGAGAAUCCUGAUGUGGUUUUGCCUCGGAGGAAGAGACUUUCUUUGACCAAAAUGUCUGAGACAUCGAUUUGGGUCACCGGAGAAAGUGGGGCAAUCUACGAAAGGUUCUGGAAUGGAUUGCAGUGGGUGAUUGCCCCCCAUGACUUACCAAUAUCAGCUGGUCAUGCAGUAUCUGUUUUCAUCAUCAAUCAGACGAUUCUUGCUCUAUCUGAAUCUGGGAAUCUAUAUCAGAUGCAGCUGAGUGAAAGCUCACACCCGAUUUGGGUUGAUUUCACACCUACUGGCAAUGACAGCACGAGUAAAAAAACAGAACAAGGUUCUGCUAUCCAUAUAAAGUCCGGUGUUGUUUCACAUGAUGGGGUGAGAGUUUAUUUCUGCACAAAGAAUGGAUCACUGUUAGAACUUAGUGAGAUUGAGCCUCCAAGGUGGGUACAUCAUGGCCGGCCACCUGGGGCAGAUGUUGCAGCAAUAGCCGAUGCUGCUAACAUCCGACCAGAAGUUGUCUUUACAAUAAGCUCUACCGGAGAUCUUUAUGAAUAUGAUAGGAGCUCAAAGCCAUCAUGGAAGAAGCAUAUAUGGAAGGAAAAAUUGGCACAAGAUGCUUCCCUGAUGCCAUCUAUGGCCAGUACUUUUCAAGGCCAGAUUGGACUUAAUUCCUUAUCGCUCUAUCUUUUAACCAAGGGUGGCAAUUUGGUUGAAAGACGACUGCACCAAAGGAAGUGGAAAUGGAUAGUCCAUGGAAGUCCAAAAGAUCAUCACCUCACAUCUGUCACACCAGUUUUCCAAGAUCAGUUCAAUGAGAAAGUCCUCUCUUUGUUUUUCACUUCAUCUGUGGGAUAUGUUUUUGAGUAUCAAAUACUGAAGCAUCCAGGUAGUACUCAAGAGAAUCAAAUUGAACAAACGUGGGUGAGACAUAUGCAUCCCCUGGAUGCAAAAGUUGCAAGAGGUAUAGCAGGUUUACAGUUUCAAGUUGGCAGGAUCAUGUUUGUGCUUGAUGAUGGUAGGCUUGCAGAACUGCAUCUAUCAGGUCUUGGGGGUGAAAGUUUAGGCCUGGCUCAGGUUAAUCUCCGGAGAAAAGCAUCAGUUAAGUAUGUAUGGUCAAUUCUAGAUGCCCCAGAGACUGAAGGAUGGAAUUCAGAGUACUGCACAGAAGAACGAGGGCCAUCAAAUUGUAUCACAGGUGUCAGAGAUGAGACAAAUGAUGUGGGAGCCUCAAGGUCAAUCACAAGAAGGCGAAAAGGGAGCCAAGAACAGCAAAAUUACUUAUCUCUAGGAGCAUCAGGAAGCAGCCAUGCAAAAUCUUGGGAAGAAUAUAGUUACCCAGAUAGUUGGAUCAAUACUAAUUUCCGUCUGCGAGUAAUGCAUGGAGGGAAAUCGUUUUUCCUCAUAACAGACAGCGGCCUGAUCUUUGAAUAUGUUUAUGCUGAAAAUGUAUGGCUCUGGCUCAGGCAUGAACACCCAACUGCAAUGAAAGGUGCACUAGGAAACUACAAUGGUAGUUUAUUCUUAGUUGAUGCUCAUGGGAGUUUACUUAUCAGAGAAAGGAGCAGCAAUGACCUAACAUGGACAAAUUGCACUUCUAUGAGGAAAGGAAGGCAGGUUAUUGCAGGCCCGCCAUGGGAUGGAAUUCCAGGUAGAGCUAUGAAAGCUACAACAGAAGAUGCGCUCUUCUUUGUGAGCAAAAAUGGAAAAUUACUACAGUUCACGGUUGCCCUGAGGAAGUUCAAGUGGAAAGAUUGUCGAAACCCUCCAAAUACUAAAAUUGCUAGUAUAGUAGAUAAGGAAGUGUUCAGGGAAAACAUAGUGUUUGUUAUUGGAAGGGAUGGGCGGUUAUAUCAGUAUAACAAAGUGACUGAAUUGUGGCAUGAGCAUUACCAGUCUCAGCAUUUGGUUCUGUCAUGCUUGCCCGGAACUGCUAUGAGGUCAUCAUCAGUAUCAUUAACAGGCUCUCUUUUCAUGGUUUCAGAAGAUGGUGGGCUAGUCGAAUAUCACUGGAGUGCAGUGGAUGGGUGGAACUGGAUUGAACAUGGAACACCAUUCAAAAGUGUGACCCUGGUAGGCUCACCCGGCCCAUGCUUUGAAGGUAAUCAACUGUUUUUGAUAGGUUCAGAUGGAAAAGUCUACCUUAGGCAUUUGGAUCAAACAACAUGGAAAUGGAAAAACUGUGGUUUCCCAUAUAUGGAAAAUAUGGCUGCUGAAAAACAAGAAAAGGUAGGACGAAACAAUGGUGAUGAAGAAAUCUGUGUUGAUGAAGAUUUUGCAGCCAGCUUGGAGGAGGAUGAAAACCUAAACAACCACAACAGAAAUUGCAACCCAAAGGUAGCAUCAAUUCGGCCAAUUCCAUUUUCUGAAGAUUCAGUGAUUUUCGAGCUAAGAGAUGGCAGGUUGGCAGAAAUGCUAAGGAUAGAGGAGACACAAUGGGUAUGGUCGCGUAUUAUUGGCACUCCAACAAGCUUAUGCAUAGCAAAUUAUUGGACAGCUGUGGCAUCAUAAACUAAAUACAACUUCUCAAAUACAAAGCACAAGUUAGGAAAGCUACAAUGUACACACUGCUUAUCAAUAAAAAUUUUGUACAGUUCAUGAAAAGAGCCAUGUAGGCAAAUCUAAACCUCAGAUGCUUGUACCAUACAAGAUUUUGAUGUAGAAAUCACAACAAUUGUAGAACCAUAGCUGAAUAAAUUAUCAUCCAAUACACAAGGUCGUCCACAUGAUGAUGAUGAA